AUGGCCCAGGCCAAGAUCGACCGCCUCGAGGCAGAGCUGGCUCAGCUCCGAGCGAGCCUCGAUCCUCCGUCGUCGCCGCCACCCUCCCCGCCUCCGAGCUCGGCGGCCGGCUCGUCCUCUGGCGUCGUGUGGUGGCACGUCGUGAUCCCUGUACUCUCCGUGGCGGCGCUGGUGGCGGUCCUCUUUGUGCUACAUCGGUUUUCCCUCCUGCCCCGCACUGGGCGGCUGCGCUCGCGGCGGUCGCCACGCCGCCGAAGGCUUCCGCGCUGGCUGCGGCAGAUCACCGACGGCCUCGAGGAGGCCUCCUCGUCCGUCUUUGCGAGAGAGAGGGCGGGCGUGGUCCACGACAUCGCGGCCGUCUCUCCGGCCGACGAGGGCGGCGCCCACGGGCUCCUCUCGCGCCGCGACUCGAGCGACCCGCGCCGCGCACACCUCCUCGAGCUGCUCGAGCGGCUGGACGGCGGCGGCGGCGGCUUGGGGCCGCGAUCGGCGUCGCACGGGGAGGCGGGGGAGGGGGCGGCGUGCGCGGGCGCGUCGGCGGACAUCGACCGCCUCGUCGCGCGCACCGGCUCGCUGGACGCGGCGCUCGUGGCCGCCGUCAGCCAGGCGGGCUCCGCGGGCGACGUGGCGGCGCUGCUGCAGCGGGGCGCCUCGCCGCACUCUGCGCUGCUCGGGAGCGGGCCGGUGCUCUCGCUCGCCGCCCGCGGCUGCAGCGCCGAGGUGAGCAGGCUGCUGCUGAGCGCCGGCGCCGACCCCGACGGCAAGGACUCGCGCGGCUGGACGCCUCUCAUGCACGCGAUCGACGCGCACUCUGCCGCGGCGCCGCGCGAGCAGGUGGUGAGGGUGCUGCUCAGCCGCGGCGCGGCGGUGGACGUGUGGGGCGACGACCUGCUCGGUCCGCUCGACCUCGCCCGCGCGAAGGCGGCCGACGCCGUCAAGGCGGAGGGUAAGGGGGAGGGCAAGGCGGAGGGAGCGGGCGCGACCGACCUGCGCGUGUGA